AUGUGGCCGCAAUCGCGGAACAGAGGUUUAUUCAACCGGCAGCUGACCUUCCUGCCCUCAGCCCCCUCUGCCCGUCCUUGCCCUUGUGACCCCGGUCCGGGGAAGUGUCCCGGGGCCGCUGAGGAUCUGGUGACCAGCUCUCCCAUAAAGCAGCUGGUGAAGUCAGACAGCAGACUGGACCCGCCUGAGGUGUUUUUAGCAGGAGGUGCCCCCACCCACCUGCCAGCUGAGGCUCCUGCUAAAAACAGCCGGGCCCAGGGGGCCUAUGGGCUUUCAGCCUCCCCCUCCGCCGGGGCAGGUAUUCAAGAGGCCGAAGCCGGGCGGCCUGGACACCAUGCUGUUCACCGAGAAGGCCCACUUCGUGGUGAAUUUCCUUCUCUCCCGGCGACCCCGGGCCGCGCCAGCGCACCGCCUGGACCAGGAGCUGUGCUUCUGGGGCUGCCGGGGCCCGCCCCCGCCGGCGCCCGCCGCCCGCCGCAGCAUGGGCGACCAUGGCUGAGCCCGCAGCGCCGCCUCCCGCCCGGCGCCGCGUGGCGCUGGCCGGCGCGCAACCUGCUGCUGCUGCCGCCGGGCGCCACGGGCCUGGCCGACGACCCCUCCGCGCGCGCCCGCGCCCGCGCCCGCGCCUCACGUGGACGCACCGAUGACAGAACAUUAACUACCAAUUCCUGGGCAAGAGGAAGAGACAGCUGGUUCCUUUGCGCCCGUGAGAACCGGGAUUUGGGAAGACAGACUUCAGGUUCAUGGCAUGACGGUCCUGGAGCUGACUUGUGCCAAGCCAGCAGGAAGAUGGCCUGGGAGCACUGCCCCGUCUCCUGUCCCUCUCUGAGGGUGAAGAUGACCUAACUCCGACUUCUCCUGGGCUCUCUGCCCUUCGGUGCCCAAAUAAAGCUGCUUCCACCUC